AUGUCGGCGGUCAGUUUGAGACUUCUGGUAGAAAAUGCUGAACAAGUGGUGGUUAUUUGCAACAAAGGAGAGGAAUACCUGACAAAAGGCGACAAUGGCAUCAACCUUCAUAUCAUCCAGAAUGGAAGCGUGGUCAUCGGAAGAGAGGGUCUCAUCGAAGCCGUCGGUCCCGCUGACGCCAUUGCAUCACAGUAUUCCCGCGCUUCCUUCAAACGUGUCAUCGACGCCACGGGAAUGUGCGUCCUACCUGGCUUGGUCGACGCUCACACUCAUCCCAUCUGGGCUGGCGACCGCGUGCACGAGUUUGCCAUGAAGCUGGACGGUGCCAGCUACAUGGACGUGCACCGCGCAGGAGGUGGCAUCCACUUCACGGUGGAGCGCACGCGGGCGGCCAGCGCUGGGGAACUUUUGGAGGCUUUAACCGGCCGUCUGGAGCGUAUGCGACGGGCCGGCACCACUCUGGUGGAGGUGAAGAGCGGCUACGGCCUGGAGCUUCCCACCGAGCUCAAGAUGCUCGAGGUGAUGGAGGAAGCCCGGCGCACGCUGCCCAUCAACAUCUCCCCCACCUACUGCGGCGCGCACGCCGUGCCCAAAGGGAAGACUUUAGAAGAAGCCACGCGUGACAUUGUGGAGGUUCAACUUCCGGCGCUGAAGGAGCACGUGGUGGCCGGGACGCUGCGCGUGGACAACAUCGACGUCUUUUGCGAGCGCGGUGUCUUUGAUGUGCCGUCCACGCGCGCCAUUCUGCGGGCGGGCAAGGACAUGGGCCUGAACGCCAACUUCCAUGGUGACGAGCUCCACCCGAUGAACGCUGCUCAGCUGGGGGCAGAGUUGGGCGCAUUGGCCGUGAGCCACCUAGAGGAAGCCACGGACGAGGGCAUCGCCGCCAUGGCCCGGGCUAAAACAGCCGCUGUCCUGCUGCCCACCACAGCGUACAUUCUUCGGCUCAGCCAACCGCGGGCACGAGCCAUGCUGGACGCGGGCGUCAUCGUGGCCCUGGGCAGUGACUUCAACCCCAACGCGUACUGUUGCUCAAUGCCACUGGUCAUGCACCUGGCCUGCGUCAACAUGCGCAUGUCCAUGCCCGAAGCCUUAGCGGCGGCCACCAUCAACGCCGCCUACGCCCUGGGCCGCUCGCGCACGCACGGUUCGCUGGAGGCGGGAAAGGACGGCGACCUGCUAUUGGUCAAUGCUCCACGGUGGGAGCAUCUGAUCUACCAGCUGGGCGGACACCAGGAACUCAUCCGCUACGUGGUCGUCAAGGGCAACGUGGCGUACGACAACGAGAAGACGUUGCCUUUGUGA